AUGUAUUCAGCUUUGCAUUAUUUCCUAUUCCUUGUUUGGUUGUCGACAUCUGUAGUACUGGAUAAGGGAGUGGUUCGUGUAAUUGAUAAAGUUAUCAAGAGCGCGAAAUUCGCUAGCAGAGUCCUGGUUGUUCGUGAGGCAUGUGAGGCCCUUGGGAUUGAAAAGGGUAAGCAACUAGGUGGUUGCUCUACAAGUUUCGGAGAACAUGAAGUCUCAGAUCCUGUCCGUGUUACAAGAAGAGCUAAAGAGGUGGAUGCCACUCUAUUGUCACUUGCUGAGAUGAAUUUUGUAGGCUUCUUUCACUUAGGGAGAUGGAUUAUGACGGUUCCGCCAGUUUUGUCGCAAUUCGAAUCUGGGCGCUUCUUUGCUUUGCGAUUUUUGCUUCAUACUAUGGAUGAUUCAUCUGUAGCUCAGUGCGUUUUUCCUUCUGUGGGUGAGAUGUUGUGA